AUGAGAGAGCACGUUUACUUUUACGAUGUGACUGGUGGUCGCUGCUCGGCCAUUUUGAUGUCAUGGGAUCGAGUUGUUGACGCUACAGUUGGGUAUCCUGAUGCUAAGUUCGGCAAGUUUUCGACUUUGGAAGAAACUGAAAAGUUCACGAGAGAGCAAGAUGUUGAGGUUCAUAGUAAUGAGGCCUUGCAGGAGACACUAAAGUAUUCUGGAAACAGUCAAAAGAAGUUCAGCAGCUGUGAAAAAGCUGUUAAGUUUUUGGAUCGCCAUGACCGGAGAAAGAUGCCUUUUGAGGAAGAAAGCGAACCAGAAGAUGUGGAGGUCGUGGAGAUCACAGAUGACAUCGUGGUCGAGGAAACUAUUGAUGAAUCAUGCUCGCUAUUAGCGACGUGA